CGCUUCCUCUGCAAAACCCGAACCAAACUUCGUGGAUCUCGCUUGGUCUCCGCCCCGGUUUAGGAAUUAAUUGCUUCCUAGCUGGAAAAGGUGUGUCCGUGAUGGCGAGUGUGCUGUCCAGGAGGCUGGGGAAACGGUCGCUGUUGGGUGCCCGCAUUUCUGCACCCCCUUUGCUGGGGGAUGGGAUGCUGAUGACAGCUCAGGUUCAUCCCCUGCAGCCAGAACACACCAGAGCAUCUUCACAUCAGAGCAUCCUUUCAUAUGAGGAUGGACACUUCAAGGAACAUGUUGAAGCCUCUGGCAAUCAGAACCAAAAUUGGCCAGUGCUACAACCUGGCCAAAAGGUAUACGUCUUUUACAAUGGGCAAGAAAGUGCUGGGCUGGUGGAGUACCAUGACCCGGUCAGUCACGAAGUGAAGGUGUUGCUCCCAGAAAAAGGUUUUUAUGUCACUAGGAAAGAUGACGAAGUGAGACUGGCUGAAGUUAUGAUGUCACCUCUCCCCAAACUGGAGAUGGAUCUUGGAACCCCUACAACAAUGGAUUAUAGCCCGGUUCCUGUGGUGAUGGAGCAUUGCACCUCUGCAGCAGACAUUGCUGUGACAUCUGCUUUGAGAUCGGUUUCUAGGAGUAUUGAUGUACCAAAAAGGAAACCAGAUGCUGCCGUAGAGAUGGAUGAGAUGAUGGCAGCAAUGGUGUUAACCAGCUUAUCCUGUAGCCCUGUGGUGCAGAGUCCCCCUAACAAUGAGGCCAGCAUCUCUACAUCCCAAGCAACCUGCGAUGCCUGGAAAGAAAGUGGUGACAUGUCAGAUGGCGGGAGCAGUACCACAAGUGGGCACUGGAGUGGCAUCUCCACCCCUUCUCCCCCACACUCAGAGGCCAGCCCCAAGUACUCGAACGAGGCCUUCAGUUCUCCUCGGGCUGAUGAUGGCUUUGAAACGGACUCGGAUCCCUUUCUCUUUGAAGAGCCUGCUCCAAGGAAAAGGAAGGUUCGAAGCCGGUCUUUGAGUUUCAGUGAACAGCCACCCCCGCCUCCAGUGCUGAAAUCCCAGCUGAUUGUUGCAUCCCCCCCAAGAGCACCCAGUGGCACUAGAAAAGUCCGUGGCGAAGCCAAGAAGUGCCGCAAAGUUUAUGGCAUCGAGCACCGAGAUCAGUGGUGCACAGCCUGCCGAAGAACUUCAGAAUUUGUCAGAAAAUGUGUCUCCAUCUCAGUGGACAAAGGAGGAUUGGCAGAGCUGAUGAUUGAGAUGAUUGUUUCAGCUUUUGCAACAAAACACUGGAAAAGGUUACUUGGCAGUUACCUUAUUUAUUCUAUAUCUCCUUCUUUCAUCAUUCCCUGCAGAGAUGGUGCCAACUCUGACCAGAGAAAACGAGAAGAGGAUUUCUACUACACUGAGAUGCAAGUGAAGGAGGAGGCACUUCCGGAAUCAUUAGUAGUUGCCCCUAAUCCCACUGCAGGUUCCUCUCCUAUUGUGAUCCAACAGGCUGCCUCUCAGCCCGAGCCUCUCAUUCUGGAUCAGGCAACCCCCUUGGAGCCUCAUCUGCCCAGCAGUGCCCUCAGCCAGUCGGCCCCCAGUUCUUUCUGGCACAUCCAGGCUGACCAUGCAUACCAGGCUCUGCCAUCUAUUCAGAUUCCUGUAUCCCCGCACAUAUUCACCAGCAUUAGCUGGGCUGCUGCAACCUCAACCAUCCCCACUCUUUCACCG